GGCCGCGAGCAGCUCUUCUUCCGCUCCGCCUACUUCCCCGUCAAGGCGUGCGUCGACGGCGACUACCUGACGCUCUUCAACUCGCUGCCCGCCGCCGAGCAGAAGACGAUAGCCGACGACCUCGACCGAACGCCCGCCGAGAUCUCCAAAAAGCUCGAGGAGCUCGCCGCGCGCAUCCUG